AUGUCCUGGACCUUGUGGCACCCGAACACGACUCAGCUCAUGAGUUUCUUUUCCUUGCCGGGGUUCUGCUCUGCCUGGUGUGACAACGAGCACCACCAAAGGAGCUGUAGUUCCCUAUACUGCAGCGGUGGUCAAGUCUACUGUUCGCCCAGCUGUUGCAUCCUUCUCGACCAAUGUCCUGCCCACGCAAGGACACAGCUGCGACGCGCGAGGACAUCGCCGUACACUCGUGAGAAAGUGAACCGUAUCAAGAGCGAAUACGGUUUGAAGAUUGGAACACUGAAUGUGGGGAGUAUGACAGCGAGGAGCCACGAACUGGUGCACCUGAUGGAGAGGAGAAAGAUAAGAAUCAUGUGCUUGCAGGAGACAAAGUGGAAGGGGAGUAAGGCCAAAGAACUUGGAAACGGAUUUAAACUGUUCUACAUAGGAGAAGAUGGAAGAAAGAACGGAGUUGGAAUUGUUUUGGAUGAGGAACUCAAGAAGGGGGUACUAGAAGUGACAAGAUCUUCAGACCGAAUCAUCUGGCUUAAGAUGGAGAUGAGUAAACUGGUGGUGAACAUCAUGAGUGUGUAUGCGGUGCAACAAGGUUGUGCAGACGAAGAGAAGGAGAAGUUUUGGGAGGAGUUGGACGAAGAAGUGAGAAAAAUUCCAGCUGAGGAGAAACUAUGGAUAGGGGGUGAUUUCAAUGGACACGUUGGUGGUGAUAACUCAGGCAGAGAAGAGACGAUGGGCAAAUUUGGUUAUGGUACUAAGAAUGAUGGUGGGGAAGAACUCGUGACAUUCGCGAUGAGGCAUAAUUUGUGGAUCGUUAACACGUUCUAUAAGAAAGCCACUAGGCACAAGAUCACCUACCAAAGUGGAGGCACUCAGUCACAAAUAGAUUACAUCCUCUGCCGCUCAAAUGACAAGAAUACGAAAGACUGUAAAGUAAUUCUUGGGGAAAGCAUCACAAACCAACACCGACCAGUCAUUUGCACACUUAAUGUUGUGAAGUCAAAACCCCAGACGAAGUCAAGAACCCAGAAAAUCAAGUGGUGGAAGCUAAAAGAAGCGCAGAGCAGAGAUGAUUUUACAGAUAAGGUUAGAGAGACCCUAGAAAGACGUAGACAGGAAGAGAGGUGUGACUGGGAAAUAAUCGCAGAAGACAUGCGGGAUCUGGGAGAGAAAGUCUGUGGCAAAACCUCCGGAAUGGCAAAGGCUGGAAAGGAGACGUGGUGGUGGUGUGAUGAAGUCCAGAGAAGAAUUAGUGAGAAGAAGGAAGCAAAGAAGAAACUCUUUGAAGAUCCAUCUGAAGAGAACAAAGCUUACUACAAAACAACAAAGAAGGAAGCUAAAAGAGCUGUAGCAACCGCAAAGGCAAGAGCAUAUAACCAACUCUACGAAGACCUUGAUACAACAGAAGGUACGAAAAAGGUACUUAGAAUUGCUAAACAAAGGGACAAAAACUCGAGAGACAUCUAUCAGACAAAAUGA